AUCUGACAAGAUCUCCAAAUCAAAGUGAUAAAUCGCUCCAAACUUUUUUUGGCGGCGCUGAGAUGUUGGAGGGGCGUCUAGCGCGCAUGUGCGAAGGUGUCCAAACUGACAAUGCUGGAGAGAUAGCGAGUGUGGAUUGAGAGAAAGGGAGAGAGGGAGGGAGAGAGAGUGAAAGAGGGAAAGACAGAGAGUGAGUGUGUGGAAGUUGUGUGUGUGUGUGUGUGUGUGUGUGUGAGAGAGAGAGAGAGAGAGAGAGAGAGAAAAGGAGAGAGAGGGAGAGAGAGAAAAGGAGAGAGAGUGAGGGAGCGAGAGGGAGAGCAAAAGAAGGAAAAGAUCCAAGAAAAAAAAAACCCAACCACACAGCAGCGGCUGCAGGACUGGGCACAGCAUGAGAUCCAAAGGCAGGGCAAGGAAACUGGCCACAAGUAAUGAGUGUGUAUAUGGCAACUACCCUGAAAUACCUUUGGAAGAAAUGCCAGAUGCAGAUGGAGUAGCCAGCACUCCCUCCCUCAAUAUUCAAGAGCCAUGCUCUCCAGUCACAUCCAGUGAAGAAUGCACUCCAAAGGAGGGCUCUCCUUACAAAGUCCCCAUCUACAUUCCUGAUGAUAUCCCCAUUCCUGCUGAGUUUGAACUCCGAGAGUCAAAUAUGCCUGGAGCAGGACUAGGAAUAUGGACCAAAAGGAAGAUCAAAGCAGGUGAAAAGUUUGGGCCUUAUGUGGGAGAGCAGAGGUCAAACCUGAAAGACCCCAGCUAUGGAUGGGAGGUAAAUCUUCCAAGGCCUCAGAGAGUAAGCGUUAACUUUUUGGCUGUAUUUGGGGAAGAUAAUUUCGUACGUAGAAGUAGACUUGUUGCAGGCCAGUGUCUGGGGGUCUGGACGGAGGUGGGCCCGCGUCCCGACGGGAGGCUCAGGCAGGCGGAGGACAGCUAGCGAGGCCGAGGGCAAAGCCGGGCUGCGGCCUGGCGGCGGAGGCGGGUUCACCUGGGUGGCUGGAGCUGCGGGCGCCGCGCUUUAUUUCGGAGCGCAGCGCCAUCUACCGGC